UUUUACUCCACUGCACGUUCCGUUUGCUAGUUAUUUUGCAUUAUUCCGAUUUUUAAGUUGUUGCUUCCUGAAAGUAACUCAACAUAAGGAAAAGAACCACUCAACUACUCCUAUUAUGAACUGUGUGCUGUGUUGUGUACUCUGCCUUGUACUUACACCGUUUCUGCCACGCAGGCACACUGAGGUCCACCAACCGCAGUGGAUGGGUGGGAUCUACAGUCUCUGAUAGCCACGUAGCUAGCUACCAACGUUAGCUGUGUAGCUAACGUCAGCGAGUGUUACAAUGGACUUGCCACAUCAUGGGUACCGAGAAACUAAGCCGAGAGCUCGUGCAGCCCCCACCGCAGGUGACUCCGUCCUGUUUGAAGACACUAGCUCAGCAGCUCCUGCAAUGAACAGUCAGGGGUAUUACACUUCUGGAUACAAUAUGGGAGGACCCUCAAAUGACAUGCAAGGAGGUGGUGGGAUGAACAACCUCUUUGCUGACCCUAUGGCCAAUGCUGCGAUGAUGUACGGCUCCUCCUUAGCCAACCAGGGGAAGGAUAUGGUAAACAAAGAGAUCAGCAGAUUCAUGUCUGUGAACAAGCUGAAAUACUUCUUUGCUGUCGACACCAGAUAUGUACUGAAGAAACUUAUGAUCCUCAUGUUCCCUUAUACACAUCAGGAUUGGGAAGUUCGUUAUCAUCGCGACACUCCACUGACUCCAAGACAGGAUGUGAAUGCAUCAGACCUUUACAUACCAACGAUGGCUUUUAUCACCUACAUUUUACUUGCUGGAAUGGCUCUUGGCAUUCAAAAAAGGUUCAGUCCAGAGGUCCUCGGCCUGUGUGCCAGCACUGCCCUCGUGUGGGUCAUCAUCGAGGUCUUGGUGAUGUUGCUGAGUUUAUAUCUGCUGACAGUACACACCGACCUCUCCACCUUUGAUCUCAUCGCCUACAGUGGAUACAAAUAUGUUGGGAUGAUCUUCACAGUGUUGUGUGGCUUGCUGUUUGGCAGUGAUGGCUAUUUUGUGGCGCUUGCCUGGUCCUCCUUUGCGCUCAUGUUCUUCAUUGUUCGCUCUCUGAAAAUGAAGAUCCUCCCCUCGCUGUCCUCGGACUCUAUGGGAAUGGGAUCGAAUGCCAAACCUCAGCUCCGUCUUUAUAUCACUGUUGCAUCUGCGCUCUUUCAGCCAAUCAUUAUUUACUGGUUAACCUCUCACUUGGUCAGGUGACUGUGAGGUGUUCAAUAGCCUAUAGUCCAGGAGUAGUGGACCCCAAAAAAAAUGUGGUUGUGAGUGUUUGUAUACCUGCCUUUAUACGCUCUUUUGUCAUUAAACUCAAAGCAUACAUAGAUGGUGUUGAGUGCAGCGUGCACUGAGCUUGUUGUUGAUUUAACAAGAAAGUGUGAAACGGAAAUGGUCUCAUCCACCGUAACUGUACAGAACUCUGACAGACGCUUAUUUUUUGCCACCUAACCUUGAACAAAAGGGCUUUCACUGAGAGAUUUGCUUGAUCAGAACCGAUAUGGUUCAGAUCUACUUUUGUAUGAAGGCUCGCAACAUGCUUUUCAGUAUUGACGUUGCACACAUGAUUCCAGUAACAUAUUUUGUUUCAACGGUAAUGCUGCUGCAUUAUCUCCCUUUCUUCUGAAUCCUCUAUUUUAUUUAUCUACAUUUGACAAAGCACGACAAUGUUUGGAUUUUUCUAGAAAAAAUAAAUAUAUUUAGCUUUGUGUACUGAA